CCAGUCAAACUGUAUAUGAAAUUAAUUCAAUGACAGUGGAUGAUUUGUUGUCGUUUAACUGAUGACUGGGGUUUAUUUUCGAAUUUAAGCUUUUUACAUUUGUGUCACUUGUGGUGGUUGUGCUUAGAUAAACAAAACAAAAAAUCAUCUCCGGCGUGGAAUCGAAAAAUAUCGACGCCUCUGCACACAGCCUCUACACAACAUCCACAAACUGUCAUAUGCUAUCGUUUCGUGUAAUAUAAAAUCUAAAGUUCUUGAUUCCGCUUGAUUUUCUCAUUACGGACGAGAAGUUGUGCAUUGAAAUCGAGUUCAGAAAUAAAGUUUACAAAAGAAAUAAUUGCUGGUCGAUUGAGUGAAGUUAUUUUUGGCGAAAUACGCUAGACGUUGUAACCAUUUUUCAGUUUAAUUCAUUUCGUUUUUCGUUUUUCUUUCAUCUUUUUUUUACUUCAAUUUUUAUCACCGAAAAUUUAUUAGAAGUGGAACGUCAUCAACAUUCUGUAUGGACUGGGUCAAAUGUUCCCUCAUCAUAGACGAUACACCACAAAUUUAUUUCAAUUUUCGAUUAAUAGCUUCUUGUGAAUGACAUUAUUUUUUUAAAGUGCGCGCACAUUGUCAUACACAUUUUACAUAAAUAUCACACACAGAACGAGUAAAGUGCUUUCAAGUGCCUCAAUUUAAAUCAAUAAAUGUGCUGGAAUAAAAUAACGCUUUACAUUGAAAUCGUGUGACGAUAUUUUAAUUUGUCGCGUGUGUUUGAAUUAGUUAUUCGAACCCAGUGUGGUAGACUAAAAGAAAAAGAGUUCUAAGAACCACACAAAAAAACACUCAAAAUCAUUUUUUAACAAUAAUAUGGAUGCGUCGCUAACGCUUCAAUCACCGUCACGUAAGCGUCCACGCGAAUUAGCCAUGUCAUCGUCGAUAAACGAUAAUCACAAAUCGGUGCCCACAACCGUCAAAUCAUCGCCCACAACGAAUAAAGCCCACGCAAAUGGUUCGACGUCAUCGAGUUUAAACGGAUUUCCGUCGUCGUCGUCGACGUCGUCAUACGUGUCGAUUAUGGACGAUCACAGAAAUGGAUCGGUUGAAACGGGAAAGCUGAGUCCGACAUCCAGUGAUCCUGAUUAUAUGACAAUAUGCAAACCUGCACCGUUUUGUGGAGACCUGGACGCAAUCAACGAACGUGAUCACUGUGACUACACAUCAAGGAUAACGUACCAAAUGGCCAAAGGCGGCAACACAAAUCGACGAAUUCGCGUUUAUGCCGACGGUAUCUACGAUCUGUUUCAUCAAGGACACGCAAGGCAACUGAUGCAGGCUAAAAAUGUUUUCCCAAAUGUGUACUUAAUCGUGGGUGUGUGCAGUGACAAACUAACGCAUAGCAAGAAAGGGCGAACGGUCAUGAAUGAUAUGGAGCGGUAUGAAGCAGUGCGACAUUGUCGAUAUGUUGACGAGAUUGUGCCAGAAGCUCCGUGGGAAAUAUCCGACGAAUUUUUGGAAAAACAUAAAAUUGACUUUGUGGCCCACGAUGAAAUCCCAUAUGCCAAUGAUGACAGCAAUGAUCUGUACGCACACAUAAAGGCUCGCGGCAUGUUCGUUGCUACUGAAAGAACCGAAGGCGUCUCCACAUCAGACAUUGUUGCUCGGAUCGUCAAAGAUUACGAUUUGUACGUUCGCCGAAAUCUCGCCCGCGGUUACACUGCCAAAGAUUUAAACGUUAGUUUCCUGAAGGAGAAGAAGUUCCGAUUCCAAAACAAAAUGGACGAACUGAAGGACAAAGGCAAACGAGUCAUCACCGAAGUGAAGGGCAAUCUGAUCACCAAAUGGGAAGAGCAGUCGCGUGACUUCAUCGAAACAUUUUUGCUGCUGUUCGGACGGGAACGUUUAACGAACAUUUGGGACAAGUCUAAGGGACGUUUGAUGCAAGCCCUAAGUCCACCGGGCAGUCCAGCCGGUGGCUCACCGAGCGGAUCGAUCAAUGGCGACGAUGAUGUGUACGAGGACGAUGACGACGAUGAUGAUGAUGAUUCAUAUGCCGAUGCGUUAUACGAUUCGCCGCCGUCAAAGAGAUCUGUAAAAAUUACGAUGGAACCGGAUUUGGGUGCUGUGAAUGGCGGAAAAGAUAAAUUGCGUUCAUGUUAGUUAUGUUGUCUGUUAUUGCCACAUGAAAAAUGGAAGAAAGAAAGUUGUGUGAACGAGAGGUGUUGAUGCGCGCGUGUUUGUUCGUUGUACGACCAGGGGCUUAUUAGAAUUGAUUUUUGUUUUCGUUUUGGAAAUUUUUAAUUUUUUUUUUAGUUUCGGUUUGCUGAACAAUUUCUCCACAAAAUUUGUUGGUCGUUAGUUCGGCUGUUAGUCUAGAAAAUAAACCUUUUUUUUACAUGUUCGAGUGUAUGAGAAAAUGAAAGAAAAAGAAUGGGAAAAUCCCAAUUUUGUUAAGAAAUAAAAACGGAGAAAAAAACUAAUUUAUAGUGUUACGAGAUGUGUAGCGAAGCAUUAUACCUAUUGCAAAUUCAAAAAGCAUCAAAAGCAUAACAAAUAACAAAACAAAAACAUUGAAAAGAAAGAAGAGAAAACUCUACGUAAAAUUUAUCCAAUUAUUUAUUCCAAUCUUCACUGUACUUUAUUAUGGUAAAAUUAUAAAGUGAGAAAAUGUU